CACCCAUUGAGUGCUAUUUUUGUGACUUUUGGCAUUGAGUGCUAGUUUGGGAACAAAAACUUGAUUUAGUGCUAUUCUGGUCUUUUUCGAUAUAUUACAUAUAACAAAUUCAUGUCACGGAGUGAUAUUUUUUCCUUUUUCAUAAGGCACAUUUUUCAACGGAUAUAUUUUUUGUAAUUUUGAAAUCUAUAGUGAAAUUAUCAUAAUAUGGCAUUUAUGUAUCAUUUCUAACUUGGAAAAGAAUAUAUAUCACAUCUAACUUUUUCUGAAUAGAUUUCCAAACAGUUACUAAAUAGUUAGACAAGUAGAAUAUCAUCAGAAACCAAAUAUCAAUAUUCUACUGUUUUCUAUCGUAAUAUACUUUUCAGCAAGAGAUGUAUAUUAUAAUACAUGGAGACGUUGAGAAAAGAUGUAUAUACAGAUGUGUAAAUUAUAAGUAUAAGCUUAUGUAAUAUCCAGGGCCGGCCCUGGGGUAAAGCCCAUAAAGCAUGGGCUUUAGGCGCCAGAGAAUAUCAAGUUUUUAGGGGCACCAAAUUCUAAGAAUUCCACUUUAGUCUAGUGGUCAGUGUUCAUAUUACAUUGGCUUACAACACGGGUUCUACAUGCUGCGUCCCUUUCUUUUUUUUUCCCUUUGAUAAUAAUUACAUUUUUCCUUUUCUGAUAGUCAAAGAUAUUCUCGAUUGUGCACAUUCCAUGAUUCAUCGUGUGAACGUUAGUAUGACAGCUGCAUCUCCUAUUAAUUUUUUUUAUUCCUUCUUUCUACCUUUUUUUUUAAGUUCUUGUAAAAUUUUUAGAAACUUUUGAACUUCAAAUAAACAUUAAAUUUAUUAUAGGGUUCUAAUAUUCUAUGAGACUAUAAAAACUCAAUAAAUUUUACAAUGUGAAAUUGCAUUAGAGUUAUUUAUCACAAAUUUUGGUUUAUUUUAUAAUUAAAUAUUUUUUUAAUUCGUAGAAAAAGCUAUCAAGAAGUAUAAUCGAAAUUUUCAAGUGAAGCUAAAAAUAUAAAAAGAAAAAACGGUAAGUUCCAAAUGAUGUUUCUAAUAAUAUUUAAUACUAUUUUUAUUACAUGCUUAAAUUAUAUUAAUAUUUAUGACACAAUAAUGUCUCCCUGCUCCUCCCCCCCCCUCCCCGAUAAAAAAGGGUAGUAUUUUUUUAUUCGCUUUAGACGCCACACGAGUCUGGACCGGCAGUUGACAUUGGACCUUAAAUUUUUCUUGUUUUUGUUUCUACCAUAUCACGUCUAAGCUCUCACAGACCAGCAGUUAACACAUUGCCCCAAACCCACCCCAUCAUCUCAUAUUCAUUUUUAGACCAUAUACAUUUAUCAGUAAAUUACCCGAUUAAUAAAUUGAUUAGCUGCAUAUUUUAUAGUUGAUGUAGCACACAAAUUACGACCAGAUAAAAUUUUGGGUCAUACCUUACGAAUGUUUUAAUUCUAGAAAAAAUAAGAACUUUUUUUAGCAAUGUUAUUAUUUAAAAAUGUUCUUGUCAAAAAGGAAGCAUACACAUAUUCUUUCAUAAUACUUUGCUUUUCUUUUCAUAUAUGUUUUGUUCGAUCAGUCUCUGUCUAAUUCUCACUCACACACCAUACAUGCCAUGUAGAAGCCAAACCAAACUUAAAACCCAAGCAAUCUUUAUUUCCUUUUCUUAUGAUAAUCAUUUAUUAAUUAAUCUGUUCUUCAGAAUACCAUUGUAUUUAAGCAUUCGUAAAUAUGUAUACUCAAGUAUAUAUGUAUAUGUAUUAUGUAUAUAUGCAUGUAUACUGGUAGAAAAAGUUCCAACAUUUUAUCAGUGUUAUAAAUGUAAAAUAUUAUUUUGAAAGUUUCAUAGUUAAGUGUCCUUACAGUUUACUUUCAAGUUGUUGAGAGGGAGAGGUACACCAACAACUUGAAAGUAAACCUUAACAUGUAUGUUUCCUUGUUUCUACAUAUACUUGUUAAACAAACCCAAGUCUUAAAAUAAUACUUUCUUACUGAAGAGUAUACACCAGAUUUGUAUACAUUAACCGGAGCUUCUAGCUCUAGUGGUAAAUGGCUUACAGCUGUGAGUACCGCUACUUGGGUUCGAAUCCCGGCCAUUGGGGAAUUAACAUUUCGGCAUCGCCAGGGACAGAGGACCGACACGUGGCAACACGUGACUAGUCUGGAUCACUUCUGUGGGGCCAGGAUACUUCUGUAUAAUUCAAAAAAAAAAUAGAUUUGUAUACAUUAUACAUUGAUGAGAUUUAAUAAUAUUUCUUUUGGGAUUAUCUCAUCUUUCUCUCUCAUGGAUAGUACAAGGUUAAAAUCAAGUGCAUAAAAGAGCAAUUAAGAAAGUGGUGAACAAGAAUUCAAUUCCUUCCUCUUUCUCAAGAUAACCUCAAAGAGUUCUACUUAGGAAACACAUGCUUUAAACAUCUUUAACCCUUUUUCCCUUCUCUCCAUCUCUCUUUCACGCCUUUGUUUAUUCUAAUGAAGUUGUGAGAAGUGAGAAAGAAGAGAAGAGAAGUAAUGCACAAGAGGAAACUAAGAGAGACAAAACAAUAUGACUUGGUGCAAUGACAGUAGCGAUGUUCAGACCGUUGAAACAAUCAUUCCCUCCCCAACAGUGGCCGAGUCUCCUGAAGCCUCAUUUCAAGUCUCUUGUCACAAAACAUGUCCUUCUUGUGGCCAUAAAUUCAAGUUUCAUGAACAGGCGGGGAUCCAUGACUUGCCGGGACUGCCUGCCGGAGUGAAGUUCGAUCCGACUGAUCAAGAGGUAUUGGGGCAUCUUGAAGGAAAGGUAAGAGAUGACGCAAGAAAGCUGCAUCCUCUCAUCGAUGAGUUUAUCCGUACUAUCGACGGUGAAAAUGGUAUCUGUUACACCCAUCCUGAGAAAUUGCCAGGUGUGAGCAAGGACGGGACAGUCCGUCAUUUCUUCCACCGACCAUCAAAGGCAUACACGACGGGAACAAGAAAGCGACGUAAAGUUUACACUGACUCCGAAGUCGGUGGCGAGACACGGUGGCACAAAACCGGCAAAACACGGCCAGUUUUCACUGGAGGAAGAGUGAAAGGCUACAAAAAAAUCCUAGUACUCUACACAAACUACGGUAAACAAAAAAAACCCGAGAAGACUAAUUGGGUAAUGCAUCAAUAUCAUCUUGGCACCAACGAGGAAGAGAAAGAAGGUGAACUCGUCGUCUCCAAAAUCUUCUACCAGACUCAACCACGCCAAUGCAGUGGAUCCCUUUCUGCUGCUGCUACGGCAAAGGAGCGGCCAUACCUCCACGGCCAACAUCUUGGUGGUGGUGGUAGUCGCCAUCUUUAUCAUAAUAAUGGUAACGUUAAAGGCAAUUGCGGUGGAGGAUCCGCCGGAGCCAGUGAGUAUUACAACAAUAUGCCGGCUAUUAUCUCGUUUAAUCAAAGCGGGAUACAGAACCAUUUGGUUCAUGGUACUCAACCUUUUAUCCCUUAAGAAGAGAAAUAACUUUAUAUGGACGGUCGUAAAAUAAGAGACGCUCUAUAAUCUAAGCAUUAUAUAUUACAUCAAUACAUUGAAAAUAAAUUAAAUUACACUGAAAUCUUAUAUACGUUUUGUUAUCAUUGUUUUGCCCCGUUUUGGCUAUACUGAUUUGUACAAUUUUAUUUUCUCGAACUGAUUAUAAAAGAAAUGUACAAAGAUCUCUCUUUCCCUCUUGGUACCUAAAUCCAUUUUGAUAUUUUGUCGGCAAUCCAUGGGGAACGGUAGCUUAGUAAGUGCAAAAUCUAAUACAUAGUAAAAAUGAAAAUCAAUUGCCAAUGGUUGUGUCAGUAAAAAAAAUUGCCAGUGGUUGUGUGUGUCAGUGUGUUGACAACAUUGUAUCGAAAAUAAAAUAUACAUCACUAUGUACUUACUGUAUUACAAUAUAUCUUCACUGCUACCACAACAUCCGCAAGAUCACUUUGGUAUAAAAACAUAUCUAGUGAAAAUCAUAAAAAUAAUCACCAAAUGACAUAUUUUCUUCAUUUGCUAGACGUGGCCAUUAAACUUUGAAUUGAGUCUGUAAAUUUUUUUUUUUAUCUUUUAAAAUCUCUCCCAAGCGACAAGUUUAUUAUACAUCAACAAAACUUUUCUGCUUACUAAUAGUUGCUUUUAUGAUAAAUCCGCUAUUGGUUAAUAACUUAAUAUCUUUGUUCGGAAAAUUCGCUAGGGGCUACGCGUGCGCCGUGCAGCGAACCUAGGCUUAACGAGUUAUCCAAAAAUCGGAAAUAAAUAGGGGAGAAUUCAGAAAUUUUUUUUUCUGAUAUUUUAGCCAUAGAUGCGUAUAUAUAUUAAAUAUGUUGAGUAAUAAUGAAUGUAGAGCGUGGUCUAGUGGGUUGGGUCAUCUUUCUUCGGCCAAGAGACCCGGGUUCGAAUAGCUGGUUGUGGUAUUUUGCUAUAUUUUUUUCGUUUUUCUUUUUAAUUAGUGUUAAAAUAUGAUUUUACUCUCUUCUUCUUCAAUCUGUAGGUCGAGUUUCUGCAACACUUCCACAGCGCCGGUCCAUCUCUAUCGAAGGCCCCACUCAAGAUGGGCUUCACCUGUGUGAGCUUUAAAAAAAAAUCAAUGAACGGACUUUACUUAAAGAAAAAUUUGGACAAAAGUUUUGGACCCUACGCGUACGCCCCGGGCCGGGCCUGCACUUCCAUGGCGUUUUCAAGCUUCUUAUCGUUUUUCACAAUUUUUCCUUCGUUUUAUGCGGAAAAGUUACUAGAUCUACUUAAAAACAUCAGAUUUCAAACUUAAAACCUAAGAAAAUCAUUUUUUCCGUAUAAUACAACCGAAUCGUUGCAAAUCGCCACGCUCAUUCAUCAUAUCACGUUUACUCGGCCGCUGAAUCGGGCAGGUGGACGCGUUUUUGAACACUGGUUAAUAUACAACAACAAAACAAGUUGUAAAGGGGUUUAAGUAAUCCAAAAUGUGUGAGAUGGGCUAUAAUUGAUUUUUUUGUUAAAGAAAGAAGGCCCAUAAAAGCCCAUUCCUUAGGAGUUUCGAGGUUUUUGAGAUAAAAAUAAAUUGAAAACCAGAGAAGUCAUUUAUUUGGUUUCGUGUCUCUCUAUCUCUUUAUCUCUCUCUCUCUCAUCCAAAUCCAGAGCCACCAUGUUUUUCAAUCGGCCAUCAGUGUUCACCGGUCAAGGUAACGCAAGCUACAGCUGUCAUUUUCGGAUGGGCCCACAAGAUCUCGGCUAAUGAUUGCCCAAUCGAUUCCGGUUGUUCUUUGCCGUUCGAUGAUAGUUUCUCAUCCCAGAGUGCUGUUCCAUGAUACCAUACGGUAUAUGGAUGUAGCUGAUUCCAGCAUGUUCAUCUCGACUUAGACAGUUAGUUACACGGUUAGAGUGGACGUUUGAAUUUAGCCGUUUGAUUGGGUAGAUGCUCAUCCAAGAGCUAUACAAUCUCUGGUACCAUGCUCUGCAUCACAGUGAACCAAAUCGAGGUAUAUAUUUCAGCUCCUCUUGAACUUUCACUUUUCCCUCUCUAAGCUUCAAACAAUGGCACAUACAUGGACUCCAAUCAAGGAGGCCAUCGAUGAGCUGUGGAAAGCUUAUCUCUCUCCACCGGUAGGACGUGAUCUUGAGUUCUUCUGUAACCUAUUCAACGAUCAUGACCAGCGAUUUCCACCAGGGUAAGCUCUUCUCUGAUUGAUUGUGAUCCAGUUUUCUUGAAAACUUCAGCAUGCUGUUCAAAGCUCUCAGAGGCUCUCAUCCUAUCGACACUCUCUCCCUGAACAUCUGCUGAAGAUUUUCAAGAAAGUUCCAUGGAAUCCAAAAGCUGAUCCACAGUAUCUAGCUCCCCAGUCCUUGAUGCUGAAACUCUUUCAUCACGUCAGAGAUAAGAUUAAGGAAAGAGAAAGAGAUCACAGGAGGAGGGAGAAGGAAUCGUUGAUGAAACUAAAGUUUGAUGAAGCAACUAGUCUUGUGGUUUCUCUCAACAAUGCCAUAGAAGAUCUCUGGUGUGCAUUUCUGACUCCCCCUCUCAGGUCAUUAAUAGCUGUUCUCGUUAAUGGAGACACACGGUUCCCAAACAACUUCCUUGAUGAUUUCUUGGAGAUAUUCAACACAACAGGCAAAGAAGAGUAUGUGAAGAUAUUCAAAGGGGUUGAGUGGAAUUCCCAUGAUGAUCCAGAUUACAAGAUUCCCAAGAGUUUGAUGGAGGAUCUGUUUGAUGAUAACCUUUCGGCUGAUUUGGAGGUUGAAGAAACAGUAACAGCUGAGCAGAUUGAAGCCAACAUAAAGAGAGAGAGAGGAGGCUGAAGGAAGAUUCUGCAAAGAACUCUGUGGCAUUCAAGAAGAUGGCUUAUCGUGAAGGUCGCUUGGGCAGGGACGUGGCUAAGAAAGAAACCCAACUCAAAAUCGCUGCAAACCGGAUGAAGAACACUGGCAAGAAUCAGAAGAAGUAAUAUCUCGGUCUCUUUUAUAUUGCUUAAAAAAAGUAUUCCUUUUAAAUUGCAUUUGUGUUGGAACGUGUGUUGGGUAAUUCGGAUGGUCUAGAACUUGUGGUGUAUAUCUCGGUCUUUUUCUUUUCAGCAGUGUUGGAACUUGUGCUGGGUUAUUGUUUUUGCAUAUUGAACUAGAAAGUUGUGCAUGAAUAGAGAGCUACAUCUAUAGUCAAAAAUCUCUGUUAUACUGUAAAAAAAAAACUACCGUAUUUCUUUUAGUUUACCUUUUGUAUGUUGGACCUUGUGCUGCUUUUAUAAUUGUUCUA